AUGCCAAAUGUCGUAGUAGUUGGUGCUGGGGUUUCCGGUCUCACAACCGCCCUUCUCCUGUCCAAAAAACCCGGGUAUAAUGUAACAAUUGUUGCAAAGCACAUGCCAGGUGAUUAUGAUAUCGAAUACACAUCCCCAUGGGCCGGCGCCAACUUCCUUCCGAUGUCUGAUAAAGCCUCCUGCAAGUGGGAGAAGAACACUUGGCCGGAGCUUGCUCGUCUUGCUAAAGAUGUUCCGGAGGCUGGCAUACAUUUUCAGGACACACUCGUCCUCAACCGACUCAAGGAUGCCACCACCGCAACGGGCCAAUGGCUCUCCGAACUAACCUCCCCAGACCCGUGGUUCAAAAACACCCUCCCCGACUUCCGCAUCAUCCCUACCUCGGCCCUCCCACCCACCGCAGACUCCGCAACAGCCUUCACAUCCGUCUGCAUAAACACCGCGCUCUACCUCCCCUACCUCACCUCCCAAUGCCUGCGCAACGGUUGCACCGUAUCGCGAUCCAUCCUCGCGCACAUCGCCGACGCCUCGCUCCUCCAUUCCUCGGGCAAGAAAGCCGAUGUAGUGGUAAACUGCACCGGUCUCUCAGCCUCCAAGCUCGGUGGCGUAAUGGAUAAAUCCGUCAUUCCUGCACGCGGCCAGAUCGUCGUCGUUCGCAAUGAAGCGCCGCAUAUGUUGACGAUAUCUGGGACUGAUGAUGGGGACGAGGAGGUCUGUUAUAUCAUGCAGCGUGCGGCCGGGGGAGGCACUAUUCUGGGUGGCACGUAUCAGAAGGGGAAUUGGGAGAGUCAACCUGAUCCGAGUACGGCGUUGAGGAUCAUGAAGAGGGCUGUGGAGUUGUGUCCGGAGCUGACGGGAGGGAAGGGCGUGGAGGCUUUGAGUGUAGUGAGACAUGGAGUCGGGUUGAGGCCGUAUAGAGAAGAGGGGGUGAGGGUCGAGAAGGAAAUGGUAGGCGGCGUUUGGGUGGUGCAUAAUUAUGGACAUGGUGGUUCGGGGUAUCAGGCUUCGUAUGGGACUGCGGAGGGGGCGGUUGAGUUGGUUGAUGAGGUUGUGGGUGUCAAGGCCAAGUUGUGA